AACCGUGGGAGCCAAAAACCGUGCUUGUCGGGUUACCGAGGAAGGACACUGUGGGGUCGAGCUCCAGACUUCACACCAACUCUGAGGGAUGGAGGGACUGCUUUAUUGCAUACAGAUAUCGGUGUCCAUACAGCAACUGAAGGAAAAAACAUUAAAGUUGGAUGCACCUUCACUGUCCUUGGAAGGAAGAUGAUGUUUUGUAGGAAUGACUGUGAUGAAGAGAUUCUUGUUCAAACAGAUGGUGUCAGAGCUUCAAGUGGCAGAUACAGCAUUCAAUAUGAAGAAUCUGUUUCAAUGAUCUAUGUGAGCAUCACAAAUCUGAGAGAGUCUGACUCUGGAAAGUACAAAUGUUAUUUGGAGAGAGGGUUGGCUCCAGAUUCAAGUGAGACGUUUGAGCUCAGAGUCAUUGAAGCAGAGACUCCAUCGACCUCCACACUGAUGGCAACACAGAACCCAAACACCUCAGGUGUCACCACACCUUCAUCACUCUCCUCUGAGACCACCAAGUCUCUGCAGCAGACAUCAGCUUCAGGUAUUCCUCUCUACAUGCGUCUGGUUCUGGUCGUCAUAUUCAUCACGUCAUCAGCAGCUGUGAUGAUAGUCGUCAGGAUGAGGACCAGAAAAGACCCUGAUGAGCAGCCAGAGUACAUUAACAUCACUGAGAUGAACCGAGUGAAUGAGGAGGUCAGAGAGGACAGACGAGAGAGUCGAGCUUAA